AUGGCGCUUCCCAAACUGUUUGCCUUGGAGGAUUGUUCCGACUUCUCCAAAACUGUCGAGCCGUUCCUCCCAGAUCUCUACGCGCUCCCUGAACAGCUGCUUCACACCUUGCAGGCUCGCGAGAGCUUCGUCGACCUCUAUACCCGCACGAACCCGCUGGUUUCGGGCUUCGCAUUCUCCCUCUUUCUGGGCGCCAUCUUCUGGGUCGUCUCCGAGAUCAACAAGAACUACUCUCAGGUUGACCGAUUCUGGAGCAUACUGCCCACCGUCUACAUUGCCCAUUUCAAUGUCUGGGCGCGACUCGCAGGCAUUCCGAGCCACAGACUCGAUGGGGCGCUGCUAUUCAGCAUUAUCUGGAGUUGCCGAUUGACAUUCAACUAUGCGAGAAAGGGGGGCUAUAACAUUGGCUCCGAGGACUAUCGAUGGGAAAUCGUGCGAAAGAACAUACCAGCCUGGCUCUUUCACCUCUUCAACUUGACCUUCAUCUCUUUCAUCCAGAGCAUCCUUCUCUUCCUCAUCGCAGCCCCUGCGUAUCCUCUCCUUCUAUCUAGCCAAUUCGAAAGCGAGCUGUCGACCGCUGACAUGGCGUAUGUGGUCAUGGAGCUGUCUCUGGUUCUCAGCGAAUGGUUCAGCGACCAGCAGCAAUGGGAUUAUCAAACCGCCAAAAAGCAAUAUCAAACCACUGCCAAAGUCCCUCAAGGCUAUACGCAGGCAGAAUUGGACCGAGGCUUUGUUACAAGGGGUCUGUGGGCUUACAGUCGGCAUCCCAAUUUUGCCGCCGAACAGUCCAUCUGGCUCGUGCUCUACCAAUGGAGCUGCUUUGCGACCAAGACUCUGUAUAGUUGGGCGGCCGUCGGUCCUUCCUUCCUCGUACUGCUCUUUCAGGGCUCGACAUGGCUCACCGAACUCAUUACUAGCGGGAAGUAUCCCGACUACAGCGACUACCAAAGCCAGGUGGGCAUGUUCGUUCCCUUGGGACUUGGCUACCGGCCGUCGCCGCCGAAGCAACCAAAGGUCAUACGGACGAGCGAACUGGCCAAGAAGCAAAAGAAGUAG